AUGGAUAAAAACAGUAAGGAAGAAGGAAGUUGUUGGAAAUGGAUAAAAACAGUAAGGAAGAAGGAAGAAAGGCAUUUGAAGAUACAACAAGAUCAUCAAAUCAACCCAACAAAAACCAAAAUUGAGGAGCUGAAACAAAAUCAGCAAAAGACACAAAUGACAGGCGAACAACAAAGCCAAAAGAAUAACAGUCAAGGUGAACAAAGGCAACAAGAAGAGAUACAUGAAGAACAGUGGCAACACAAAAAAAGAGACACCAAAAAAGUCAGGAACAAAACAACUCCAAGGUUGUUUGGAGACUCGUCUCUCCCCCAAGACAAUGAACCAGUGGCAGCCAACAGCAAGUACAGAAAAAUACAGCAGGAAAUACAACAAACAGGGUCGGAUGGAACAAGGGAAACAUCAAUUCAAAAGGAGCAAUUAAAAAAGGGAAACGCUGCUGACCAAUCUGCCAAGAACAAUUCCAACACCUACAUGACAACAAAACAUCAGGAUACUAAUAGCAGAAAGGAGAAAAUCACAGGUAUUAAAUUAUCUCUCCCAAACCCCAAACCCUCCUCUACUAUUAAUGAUGAUGUUGGUCAUUCUGAUGAAGGUUCUGGAGGUAUGGAUGGGGGGUGUCAGGAGAUAACCAGUAACUUGCAGGAAGGGGUAACCAAAGGGGGGAAUUUGCCUCAUGUUUUGCAUGAGGGGUUGGAUCUUGACCUUAGGACAGACCUUAGAGCCACCAAUAAUGUUCAAACCAAGCAGAAACAGAGAGAACAACAGCAGCAACAACCAACAGAGUGA